GAGAAAUACAAGCACCAGUCGGCUAAUCCUCGUCCGUAAUUCGAAAGUUGUCCCCGUGUACACCGAGGCUGAGCACUUUAUUAUAACGAAGAGGUCUGUGAGAUGGAGGAAGGUGGUGCUGAAGAGAUCCUGACCAAUGACAAAUGCUGUCAGACUGAAACACUGUGGAUUUGCUCUUGCAAGCCAGUUGCACCCCACAAAGAAGGUUGUGACCAAACCCAAGUGCAUAUUAUUGAGCCUGGAGACCCACCUCUACUGCAACAGCAGCUCCAGACUUCCAGAUCAGGAAUUCAUCAAAUUAUUGAGUGCUUUCGCUCAGGUACAACUCAGCUCAGGCACAUGUUGUUGAGGGAGGUUGACACCAUCUUUGAAUGCAAGCUUUGCCGAAGCCUUUUUCGUGGUCUACCCAAUCUGGUCACACACAAAGAGUUCUACUGCUUUUCAGGACUUCCUGAGCGAAAUGAUUCAUCACAGACAAACAGACAGAACCAAGCCAUUAAAGACUUUCUAGAGGCAGUUUAUCCACAAAGUGACAAACAGGAGCAUGUGAUACGACUGGAGGCAAUAGAGACCAACCCCAAUGCUAUGUUCCAACACCUGUCUGUGGAGAAGGUGGAGGACAAGAAUGUAGCCCUAUCAACUAUUCCCCAACAGCUCAACUCUGAGCCCCAGAAAAAGCAUCGUCGUAAACCUGCUGUUGCCCCCAAAAAGGUUGAACAGCAAGACACUGAACAUGAAAUGGAAAUAGCAGCUGAAACACCUCCAGAAAGAGACGAUCCACAGCCCCAAGAAAUGGAGACCACCGAACAGGGUGAACGGGAUGAAGAUGAGGAGGAAAAUGCCACGGAGCCUAAGGAAGCGAGGAUAUCCUGCUGCCUCUGUCGGAAGGACUUCAGCUCGAGGCGCAGCAUUCGCCGCCACUGCCGCAAGAUGCACAGACAGAAGCUGGAGGAGCUGCGCAAGUUCACUGAGACACGCACGGUGCCCAUCAGCUUGCUGUCCAUGGUGAAGACAAAGCGGAAGGAGGAGCCUCCACCUGCCAUCGGUAAGAGCUGCCCUGUGUGCCAAAAAUCCUUUGCUACCAAGGCAAACGUUCGCCGCCACUUUGAUGAGGUGCACCGGGGUCUGAAGCGAGACUGUAUCACACCAGACAUUGCCACUCGGCCUGGCCAGCCCCUCUCGCUUGAUGGUCCACCUGUUACCCCAAAACAACCAAGAACGUCUACAAAGCAAGACCAACAGGAGUAUAGCUCGUUGACUUGCAGGUGCAGGCUGUGCAAGAGGAAGUACAGCUCCCAGGUGAUGCUGAAAAGACAUAUGCGCAUUGUCCAUAAGGUUCACACAUUCGAAAAUGGCUCGUCCACCAGUCGUACCUUUUUCACAAGGACAGCCAGAACAAAAACACAGCCUGGAAAUGUGACUUGUUCUGUGAAAAAUGUUCUUCUUUACAGUCCAUCCACUUCAGCUGAUGCAAAUAAGAGUGACGUGUACACAGAAGAAAGUGGAAGCCUCCCACUGAGCUUUGACUUUAAACGCAUCUACUGCUGGCUGUGCAAGCGUCAGUUCAGCUCCAGUCAGAACCUGACCAAGCACAUCACUGAGCUGCACAUGGAUGGUAAUGACAGUAUCUACAUCAAGUUUUAUGGCUGUCCGAUCUGUAGAUAUGAGUCGCGGCGGAAGCGGGAUGUCAUCCGUCACAUUACCGUGGUUCACAAGAAGUCCUCCCGCUACCUCGCCAAGAUCAUGCCAGCCUUGGAGAGCCGGGCAAUGAAGAAGCCAGCUGAGGUUGUGCUGAAUAGCACUACCAAGAGGGCGUCCUCAAAAGAAGAUGUGUCUGGGAAGCACCAUGUUCACACCCCUAACAGUCUUACACCAGAGGCAGCCAUCCCACCUAAAACAAGUCAGCAAAACUCAUCUGGAUCCCCUGUUGUGAACAAAACUGAAUCCUCAGUCUCCCCAAAUACUCGUAAGAAUUCUGCCCUCACAUCACUUAACACAGGAAAGGAAGAGCCUUUGCAAACCACCAAAGUAUGUAGACAAGAAAAGAAACCUCAAGAGCCAAAGAACCCACACAUUACACGGAGCCACAACCCUACUAGAGGACCUCCAUUCACCAGAAGCCAAGAAUCUAGCACAGAGAUUUUUUGUCUCAGCACAUUGUGCAUUUUAACUGGACUAUGUAUAAGUUCAGCAAAUGAAUGGAAUGGAAAGCUUUAACAGAUGGAGGAUCAAUUCAAAUCCUGAAGGAAGAGUACCAACACCAAAUGUUGUUUUGGUUCUGUACUACAGAUGGCGCUGUGACCAAACAUAUCCUUUCAUGACUAUUCCUAUUACAGUGGUUAUCUCUGAUUGAUUUUAGGAGUAGAUAGCAAUGAUUGUUGUUUGCUGAAUUUCAAGAACUUAAGAAUUUGAAAGAAUAUGUACUUUCUGAGUAUUGUGACAAUAAAUUUUAUUUUACUGAAGUAUUUUGUGAAGAUUUAACUUGGUUACGUAUGGUCACUCACCUCUAGAUACAUUUUUUUAUUAUUAUUUAUUUUUUCAAUUGUUUGUCAUAGCUUAUUGAUAUUUACACCCUGAUUGUUGGUCACAUCUAAACUUAUACUAAACAUCUAAACUUAUAACAAUGGAACCUAAUACGCUGCAAUUUGACAUCAAGGUAUUAAUUUCUGUGGAGUUACAUUGCAAUUCCUUUUAUGGCUCAGAUUUAAAACUAAUAUAAUUUAAUUUUCUAAUUUUGUAAUUUAAUUUUCAGGGUACGAGUGGUUGGGUAACAUGCCAUCUUUUGUCUUGAGCUAGAUGAUUUUUAGAGGGCUACUUGAACUGUUUGUAUUUGAAAUAGACUGAAAAUAUGUUUACUUUAGUAUGCUUUAUGACUAGUCAACCCACGGUUGAUUGCUGUAGAAAUGUAGAUUAGAUUUAAAUUAGAUUUGAUCUCAGCUAAUGUUAGAGAAUUUACAGAUCUCAAUGUGAAUUCCUGAUUUUAUUGCUUAUUCUUUUUUCCUCCCUGAAACAGAAACGUGAAUGAAUAGAGGAUUGGAUGCAAUUUGUAUUGAUUCAUUUAAAUACAGGUUUAAUUUGAUUCCUUUUUACACUACAUAGAUGUAAAAGGUUUAGGAUAUCUACAGUUAUGAGAAAGGUUUGUGAAUCUUUUUGAGGUUAUCUUGAUUUCUCCAUGAUUGAAUCCUAAAAUGUGAUAUGAUUUAAAUUAACUGAAAUUAUUAAAUCCAAAAUUUGUGUGUUCAUAAUUUUAGGAUGUCUUGAAUUACCUGCUUCAGAUCAGUAUUUCAGUAGUAUUGAGGUCAGGGCAUUCUAUAUGAAAGUUCUUCUGUUUGCCAAGCAUCACAGUUGGAUUGAGGUUUUGGUAUUGGUAUUCUGUUUGCCCAACAUAACAAUGUAGACAUUUACCUUUCCCAAACAUUUUUGUCUCUUGUGUCUAAAGAAUAUUGUAUGUUUCUCUCUGUCUCUCUCUCUCUCUCUCUCUCUCUCUCUCUCUCUCUCUCUCUCUCUCUCUCUCACCCCCCCAGAGAUAAACUUCACACCAUAGUGUGUAAAACAUGAACACCAUAGAACAUCUUCUUAUGAUAUACUUUUGAACACAGACACAAGAGAUGCCUGAUUAGUUUUGGCAGUCACCUAGGAUUCUUUGUCUUUUGUUUGAGGAGUCUAUAUUGUGAAUUUGCACUUAUCUUGACAGGAUAAUCAGGAUAUCCUUUUGUAACAUUUUCCAGUGUAACUGUUUAAUUGGGUCACAUUGAUCACAUUCCAUCAUAUUGCACAUGUAGCUAUAAAACUCAUAUGGGAAGGACAUGCCAUCAAAACUUGUUGUGUUGUUUUUUUCUUGUUUUUGAUGUUGUUUUGUUUGUGGCAGUGCAAGUCAAACCCAGACCUGAAUUCAUCUGAACACUGGACUUUAAUGAAUCUCUUUUAAAGACCCUAUUAUCUUAGGACUUUAAGUGCUCUUUCCAUCAAUGCAUUGAUCGUUUCAACCAGUGACUAAAUGACAGUGCACAAUGUUGUGUUGGUUAAAUAAGACUUUAUAAUGGUUUGCUUUAUUAGAUUUAGAUUUAGAUUUUAUUCAAAAAGGUUCACAACCCUUUUCCUCAUCACCACAAAAACUGAUCUUAGUGAACUAACAUUCCUCACAUACUUGGAGUAAUUAUUUGAAUGAAGGUUUUUCCUAAACAUCAAAUUUGAGAACUAAAUUCAUUAAAAUUGAGUGUUUUUUUCCUAAAUGUAACCAAGCAUCCGGCUCUAAGUAGUUUAUAUUAAAAUGCUUAAUACAUUUCUGCCAUCCUUUAUGAAUGAGAAUGCUGCUAAAGAUAUAGCAUUGUAACUACUGUAUGUGCUCUGAUCUCUGCUGCCCUUUAACUCAGUGCUGCUCAGGUUGUGCUAAGACCAGAUUUUUUUUUUUUUUUUUUUUUUUUAAAUAUGACUGUUUAUUAAUUUGUUAAUUUUUAUGGGAUACUACUGCACCUGUUUUGUAUAGUGUUGUUACUAUUAGCUAACAACAUAGUUAACAUAUCUUUACCUAAAGAUGACCUUUGUAUACUUUAGUAUGCAAUGAUAACUUACAAGGUCAUUUGAAUGAGUGUAAUGUUAGGUGAAAUGAAGUAUAAUUUUAGCGUGGAAUGCAUACUGAAUACUUCUUCUUGACACUAUGUUCAUUUGUAAAUGAGGUGUAACCUAAAAUAGUACCCAAUACUUGUAGUGUACAUAUUAUACAGUACUCUUCUUUGU